AUGUCAGGUGCUUCUAAUACGAGUCAAUCUGGUUCCAAAAAAAAGCUCUCAUUUAUUAUUCGAGAUGAACAAGAACCGCUACACCGUUCUGCAGUAAGUGCUCUGCAAUACGAUGCUCUUCACAGUCGACUAUUCACUGGCGGAAGCGAUACUAUAAUCAGAACCUGGUCUGUUCCUCAACACAAGGAUGCCUUCUCAGCUCGGGGUGGAGUUCGUUCAGCAGGGAAAAACUCCCCGGUCCAGUAUCAAAGUUCACUAGAACGGCACACAGAUUGGGUCACAGAUAUGGUGCUGUGUGGAAACGGGAAACUACUGGUUUCUUCAUCAAACGACACAACAGUCAAAGUUUGGUCCAUCGAGCGAGACAACAAGCACGGAUAUCUCGAUAGUCUCAAUCUACACACAGAUUAUGUCAGUUGUUUGGCCUAUGCACCGUUGGCCGAAAAAGUAGUCAGUGCCAGUUUCGAUAGGAACAUUUUCGUGUAUGAUGUCAAUAGUAAUUUUAAUAAUUUUCGUGUUUUAGUGAACAAUUUGCUUGGCUGCAAGAACAGUAUCUAUUCACUUGCAACAACUCCGAAUCUCUCGCACUGCUUAUUUUUCAGUCCCCAUCAUAGAUUUUUCUCCCACUUUCAGCAGAUCAGGAUGUUUGACCCACGAACGAAUGACAAGCCUAUGAAAAUGCGUGGUCACAGUGAUAACGUUCGGGCUCUUCUACUAAACGACGAUGGUACACGAGCACUCUCUGCAGGAUCAGAUGGAACAAUCCGGUUAUGGGAUAUUGGCAUGCAGAAGAAUAUUGCCACAGGCAUUGCUCAUGAAGAAGGAGUCUGGACAAUUCAAGUAUGUUUAAGUUUGUUCAACAUACAUGAAAAAUUAAUUUUUCAGGUCGAUGCAUCAUUUAAGUUUGUAUAUAGUGGUGGAAGAGAUAGAUACGUUCUUAAAUCGCCAGUUAAUGAUCUGUCCAAAUUUCAAGUACUGUUCAAAGAAGAAGCGCCUGUUAAAAAAUUGUUGCUUAGCGAAAAAGAAAACCCAUCUUCUAUAUGGGUUGGCACAUGGAAAUCUGACAUCAAGCGCUGGUCUCUGAACUCCGCCAAUCAGAAUUCUAACGGUGGAGACGAGGAGGGUGUUUCAAGUUUUUCCACCUAUUAUACAACAUGUAAACCACGUUCAUCUUCACCACCGCCUGGAAUAACAGCACCAAAACACAUUCAGCGAUUAACAGAUGCGAGAGAACUACAGAAUACUCCUGAACUGAUGAUAUCAGGCGCUCCAGCUAUAAACAAGUACAAGAUCCUUAACGAUAAGAGACAUGUAUUGACGAGUGAUACUGAAGAUAAUGUGGCGCUUUACGAUGUCCUAGCUGGUAAAAAGGUGAAAGAAUACGGGAAGCGAGCGUUGGAAAAUGUUUUCGAAGAGAAGUCGAAGACAGUAUACGUCCCCAGUUGGUUCAUCGUUGAUUCCAAAAGCGGAAUGCUGCAAAUUACUCUAGACGAACUGGACGUUUUUUCUUCAUGGCUCACCACCAAAGAUGCUGGAUUCGAUGAUAGUGACAAAGAAACAAAAGUAAACUACGGUGGAAUGAUGUUACGAUCGCUCUUCGAACGAUGGCCGCCUUGCAAACUAGCGACUGCCGAAGCAGGAGAAUCAGAUGAAGUACAGAAAGCCACCAGUCAUUACUACACGCUUCCAGAACACACACCCUUCAUUGUUUGCGAAGGAAAUGGUCGUCCUUUGUUCCGGUUGCUCGUUGGUGAUGCUGGGAAUGAAUUUGAAUCUGGUGAACUCGCUCAGUGUGUUCCUCCCUGGGUAACUGAUAUGAUAGAGCGAAAUGUUCUUCCGAAAUUCAACAAAAUGCCAUUCUAUCUUCUUCCUCAUCCAUCAACAAAUUCAAAACAACCGAAAAAGGACCGCCUGUCAGCUACGGAAAUGCUGCUAGUGAAGAAAGUAAUGGAACAUGUUUAUGAAAAGGUUCUGGGUAAUGUUGACGCCAACACCGUUCCACUCAACCAAAUUCAUACCAAAAUCGAAAUGUAUUGUAAUGAUCAAAAGUUGGAACCAGAAACGGAUCUACGAACUGUCAAACACUUUUAUUGGAAACAAAGCGGAGAACUUCUACUCUACUACAGACCUGUCAAAAACUGA